GCCUGGGGCCCCCCUCUCUCUGACCAAUUGCUCCGGCGAUACCGUGCCGCUCCAUCCGCUGAGCCGCCGGGGAAGCUCAAAGGGCAAUAUCCAAGGGGCCCCUUCCCGCUUGGAGAAGAGGCAGGGGGAGGACGAAGGGGGGCUCUGGAGGAGGCCUCAGAGGCCGGGCUGUUUCCCUGCUCCCGUAGGCCAGGUAUCAGACACUGUGUUGUCGAAGAUGUGGAGGUCUCCGUCGAUCCUCGUGGCUGCAGCUUUUCUCCUCUUGCCGCUCCUUUCCACCUCCCCGGUCCCUCCUGGAGAGACUCAAGCUGCCCUACACCGCUCUGAAGCACACACCUGCCUGGGGUGCGUGCUGGUGGUGUCUGUGAUCGAGCAGCUUGCCCAGGUCCACAACUGUACUGUAAUGGCUGCCCUGGAGCGACUCUGUGGCUACCUACCCGAAAAGUUGUUCUUGAAGAGCACCUGCUACUUGAUGGCCGAUAUUUUUGGACCGGACUUGAUCAGACUGCUGAGCACUAGGGUAAACGCCGACAUGGUGUGCCACGCCAUCAAGCUGUGCCCUCAUGAUGCCGGAAAUCCGCUCUGUCAUCUCUACCCGCCGCCCAAGGAGGGGUUGGAAAAGACACUGAAGAAAGCAAAAACAAUCGUUGAAAACUCCCAAACCUUGAAGCAUCUCAGGACACCGGUGGACAUCUGUUCCCUCCCUCCUCUGGCCAAGCUCUGCCAAGAAAUUAAAAAAGUGAUAAACAACCAUUUACCUUUUGAAGACUUGGAUGAGGACAAAUAUAGUGUUUUCCCAACUUUAAGGGGCUAUCACUGGAGAGGUAAAGACUGCAACGACAGAGAGAAGACCGUGUAUCCAGGCAGACGCCCUGUGAACUGGGAUGUACUCCAGGAUUCUAACUGCAAUGGCAUUUGGGGCGUGGACCCAAGAGAUGGGGCUCCAUAUGAGAAGACUUUCUGCAACAAUUCUGGAGCCAGGGGCAUCAUUCUGCUAGGGGAUUCGGCUGGUGCUCACUUCCACAUCCCUCCAGAAUGGCUCACGGCGACGCAGAUGUCUUCCAAAUCCUUCUCCAACCUCCCGGAGGCCAUGACUAACGAACUGGACUGGCCUCAGCUUUCGGGCAUGACCGGAUUUCUGAACUCCACCCAUGGAAAUGAGAACUCGGUUUACCUCCGCUUACAUAAGCAGAACCGCUGCAAUCACAGAGACUACCAGAGUAUCUCCAAGAACGGGGCAUCUUCCGAGAACCUUCUCAGCUUCAUAAAGAGUUUGUCCAGGCAGCAGUUGAAGGAUAAUCCAGCUCUGGUCAUCUACUCCAUGAUUGGGAAUGAUGUUUGCAAUGGGAAAGCAGACACCACCGCCCACAUGACCAGCCCCUUAGCCAUGCGCUCCCACGUCCUGGAGGCCCUGCGGAUCCUGGAUUCCCGCCUCCCCCCAGGCAGCCACGUGGUUCUCAGCGGCCUGGUGGAUGGACGCUUCCUAUGGGAUCAUUUGCACGACAGAUUCCACCCUCUCGGGCAGUUAAAUAAAGAUGUCACCUACAAGCAGUUUUACACAUUCCUCAGCUGUCUUCAGGUGAACCCCUGCGAGGGGUGGAUGUCUACGAAUGAGACCCUCAGAAAUUUCACUUCAGAGAGAGCUGCCCAGCUUUCCCGUGUGCUGCAGGAAGUCGCCGACCAUGAGGCGUUUGCCAGCUUCAAGCUGCUGUACGUCAACUACCCGCUCCAGCAGAUUGCCAAGGAGUGGAAGAAAAGAGGAGGCCAACCCUGGCAGCUGAUCGAACCAGUUGAUGGCUUCCACCCAAGCGAGGUGGCUUUGGCUUUGCAUGCAGAGUUCUUCUGGACCACGCUUCUCCGCCGGUGGCCCCAAGCCUUGGGAAAGGUGAACCCCUUCAACGACCAGAUCGAGAAGCUGUUCGGAGAUCAGGGAGGUCACUGAUGUCCUGUGGGGGUCCCCGUGAGACAGCCUGCUGGGGCUUAAAAUGACUCAGAUAGACUGAGUCCAUGCUGAAGGUCCUGACUGUCAAAGAGGCUCAGUCCCCUAGAUGCUGAUGCUUAAUUCUUCAUCGGAGCCAGGAGCGGGGAUUCAGCGCCACAAGCAAGGCAAGCAUUCAUUCAUUCAGUGUGUGCAGAGCACUGUACAGAGCACUUGUGAGAGUAUGAUACAACAGUAGACACAUUCCAUGCCCACAAAGAGCUUAUAGUCUUGGCCAGCCAAGGACUCAACCAAAUCUAUCAGUUAUAUUUGAAUACUUACUGUGUGCGCAGCACUAUAGUAAUAAUUAUGGUAUUUGUUAAAUGCUUACUAUGUGCCAAGGACUGUACUGAGCAAUGCAUGGCUGCUGCCAUAUUAUUCUUGUGGGCUGAAAAAAAUCGGACAAUUCUGAGCAGACCAAGGCUUCUGCCAAGCUGGGCUAGGGCCACUCUAAGCUCUGUUCCCCCUCCCCUAAUUCCACCCCUUCAGUCAUAACCUGCUUCCCCUCCCCAUGCAAGCCCCCACUGCACAGUGCAAACCUACCAUCCUGGAAAUAAACAAUGAAAG